CCUAUCGUCCUUAGUAAGCGUUAAAAAGGGGCAUGACUGUAGAGACGUCGGCAUAUCAGUCUAGUAACGUUGUGUAGAUAGCAAAUAACUUCGCUCGCAGACGUUGCGUUAAGAGCCCACGGGAGUCUGUCGCACGGAGUCUGUCUGUCUGUCUGUCUCUCUCUCUCUCUAUCGCCGUGAGACGCAGAUAAGCAUGGAAGACAAUUAUUAGAGCAAUCACGGAGAGAUACGCGUUAAUACCAACUAUGGCUGUAGACGCUGCGUCCAGUUUCAGUUUCUGCCGUGCUGCGCUGGACCACACAGUCUCAGCAGAGGAGCUGAACUACCAGCUGCCUCGAAAGUCCGGGGAAACCUGACCUGGCAUGACAAGCCACAGCCAGAGAGCAGCAGGCAGGACAGUUAAACUGCUACAACAGCCCGGCACCGAGGGAAUACCGAUCCAGCCAGGUGAGGCCUUUGCUGUGUACCACACCAGCCCCACACUGUCCAGCCUUUCAAAGCCUGUGGUUCUGUGGACGCAGCAGGAUGUCUGCAAGUGGCUGAAGAAACAUUGUCCUCAUAACUACCUGACUUACGUGGAGGCUUUUUCUCAUCAUGCCAUCACAGGACGUGCCCUGCUGCGGCUGAACGCAGAGAAGCUGGAGCGCAUGGGCAUCUUGCAGGACACACUCAGGCAGGAGGUGUUGCAGCAGGUUCUCCAGCUGCAGGUGCGGGAGGAGGUGCGCUACUUACAGCUGCUCAGCCAAGCUUCCUUUGGCAACCUUUCUUAGCUCAUGCGUCCAUUUGGCAGCUCCCCUCCUCUCUGCCCAGUGCAAUGGAUCCCUGAUACUGACAGGAGGCCCUGCUCCAAACUGACACUGACAGAGGAGGGGACAAAGAGGAGGCGCGAACGGGAGACCGAGGGAGGGGGAAAAAAAGGGAGAACGAGACCGAGCGCAGGCCGACGUCGCGGAAGGCCGGUCGCUGGCCGCGUCCCUCUUCAGCGCCAAG